AUGCCCCGGGUCUUCCUCAUCACCGGCACGUCGACGGGCUUCGGCAACUUCUACGCGCAAGAAGUGCUGGACCAAGGCGACUACGUGGUGGCGACGGCACGGGACCCGACAAGCCUGAGCUUCAAGAACACGACGGCGGACAACUUCCUGGCGGUGCGGCUGGACGUGACGGACAAGAAGUCCAUCAGCGAGGCCUUUGACGCGACGCUGGCCAAGUUCUCCCGCGUCGACGUCGUCGUCAACAACGCCGGCUACGGCCUCGCCGGCUGUUUCGAGGAAUACACCGACGCGCAGAUCCGCCAGCAGAUGGAGAUCAACUUCUUCGGCUUGCUCGACGUCACCCGCACCGCCAUCGAGGUCAUGCGCGACCGUCAGACCCCGCAGGGUGGCCUGGUGCAGAACGUCACGAGCAUCGGUGGCCAGCGUGGCGUGCCGCUGUUCAGCCUGUACUGUGCCAGUAAAUGGGCCGUCGAGGGGUUUACCGAGGCGUUGUCCCAUGAGGUGAAGCCGGAAUGGGGCAUCAAAUUCACGUUGAUAGAGCCCGGCGGGUUCAGAACAGACUGGGCAGGCCGCAGCAUGGAGUUCGCGGAGCGGCAUCCGGCAUACGACCACCUCAACGCAUCGGUGGCCAUGGGCAAGCGGCACGGCAACCAGGCCGGCGACCCCGUCAAGGGCGCCAAGGCCAUGUACAAGCUGGCCGUGAUGAAGCAGCCGCCGCUGCGUGUGGUGCUGGGCUCCGACGCCUACGCCGGCGUCAUGAACAAAAUCGAUCAGUACGAGCAGAACUACAAGCGCUUUGAACGUCUCAGUAACGAGACCGAUGUCGAUGGUUAUCAGGCUCCUUGA